AGCUAGCUGCAGUGUGUGUGUGCGGAGUCUGCGUUCUUUUUUCUCAAAUUUUAUCGAAAAGUCUCUGAUUCUCUGGAAUGGCUUCGGAGCCUAGGUCGGAGCUCUUUACGGGCUGGGGAUAUAUCCCUGAAAAGGUGAAGAAAGCACAGAAGAAAAUUGAGAUGUACAAGCAUGACACGGAGGCAUGGGGGAUUCUACUCAGAGAAGCACAGAGCCAGCCAGUGGAUAAAGCACGGCCUCUCUACGAACUCCUCAUCUCCUCCUUCACCAAUUCCGGACGCUACUGGAAGAUGUACAUUGAACAAGAGAUCAAAAGCAAGAACUAUGAAAAAGUAGAAAAGUUAUUUCAGCGAUGCUUGAUGAAGGUCCUCAACAUCGACCUGUGGAAGUGUUACCUGUCCUAUGUGAAGGAGACGAAAGGAGGUCUGGCGUCUUACCGUGAGAAGAUGGCUCAGGCUUACGACUUUGCUCUGGACAAGAUGGGCAUGGAUAUAUUCUCCUACCAGAUCUGGGCCGAUUAUGUCACAUACCUCAAGGGAGCGGAGGCUAAGGGUUCCUAUGCAGAGAACCAGCGGAUCACAGCAGUGCGUAGGGUGUAUCAACGAGGCGUAGUCAACCCCAUGGUCAACAUUGAGGUUUUCUGGAAGGAUUACUGUACAUAUGAAAAUGGAAUCAACCCUAUCAUUGCCAAGAAAAUGAUUGACGACAGAAGCCGCAGCUACAUGAAUGCCAGAAGGGUUGCCAAGGAGUAUGAGGCCGUAACCAAGGGACUCAAUCGCAACAAUCCGGCGGUACCCCCCUCAGGCACACUGGAUGAAUCCAAACAAGUUGAACUGUGGAAGAAAUACAUCAACUGGGAAAAGACUAACCCAACCAGAACCGAAGAUCAAACACUCAUGACGAAAAGAGUAAUGUUUGCCUAUGAGCAGUGUCUGCUAUGCCUUGGUCAUCACCCGGAUGUGUGGUAUGAGGCUGCCUUGUAUCUGGAGAACUCCAGCAAAUCCUUCGCAGAAAAAGGCGACAUGAACAAUGCCAAAGUAUUCAGUGACGAGGCAGCAGCGAUCUACGAGAGAGCCAUCCAAACGCUCAUGAAGAAGAGCAUGCUUAUCUACUUUGCUUACGCAGACUUUGAAGAGGGUCGGAUGAAAUACGAAAAGGUCCACAACAUCUACAAGAGAUUAUUGGCCAUUGAAGACAUCGACCCAACUCUGGUCUACAUCCAGUACAUGAAGUUCACUCGCCGAGCAGAAGGCAUCAAGACCGCCCGGGGAAUCUUCAAGAAAGCUAGGGAAGAUGCCAGAGUACGCUACCAUGUCUUCAUAGCGGCGUCUCUAAUGGAAUACUACUGCAGCAAGGAUCAACAAGUUGCAUUCAAGAUCUUUGAGCUGGGUCUGAAGAAGUACGGAGAUAUCCCAGAAUACAUCCUUUCUUACACUGACUACCUUUCACAUCUUAAUGAGGAUAACAACACAAGGGUAUUGUUUGAGAGGGUCUUGACAGCAGGGUCCUUGCCAGUGGAGAAGUCAGGUGAGAUCUGGCUGCGAUUUGAGGACUUUGAAUCAAGUUGUGGAGACCUAACAAGCGUCGUCAAAGUGGAGAGGAGAAGACUAGCCCUCUUCAAAGAAGAAUUCAAAGAUCGGGAAUCCAGCUUGCUCGUAGAUCGUUACAGAUACCUGGAUCUCUACCCGUGCUCAUCUGCUGAACUGAAAGCCAUUGGAUACAGAGAUCUUACACAGCGGCACACAGUUCAAGUUCUUCAAAAUCCAUCCAUCUCAAAAGAGGCGGGGCCAUCCACCGAGACCAAGGAGGAGGAAGGAGCUGAUGCUAAGAAGACAGAAUUUCCCACUCCUGAUUUGCAUCAGAUGUUGCCCUUCACCCCACGAUCUCAAGCCCCUCCUGGUGCUCAUCCUGUGCCAGGGGGUGUGUUUCCAUUACCUCUGGCAGCUGCUCAUGUUGUGUCGAGGUUACCCCCACCAGCCUGCUUUCAGGGUCCUUUUGUCAAAGUUGACAGCCUCAUGAAGAUCCUGGCGGAAUGCAAGAUUCCUGAGCCCAAGAUUGAGAACGUUGCUAUAAAUGGCGAGAUGGGCGACAACGAUGAGGAUGGAGGUGGGAAACGCAAACGCACAGGAGACAAGAACGAAGAUUCUGACGACGAUGAGGAAACGCAUAGCGCCCCCGCCCACGACAUUUACCGAAGCCGACAGCAGAAACGCGUCAGGUAGAAGCAGGAAUCAUGGCGAGUCUUCAUUUAAUAAAGAAUCAUCAGGUACUAGACGUCAUAACAGGUACAUGUACACGUGCAUCAAAAGCAAAAAUUGUGUCUAGACUUCGGACACUGUACAACGGAAUGCAGUGCAUGUGAAAAUUGACCAGUAUUUCACACCAUUGAAAAUCUCAGCAUUAAAUUUCCCUUGAUGACAGCCAAAAAAAGAGUAAGAUGUGUAAAAAAAAUUCCUCUGUGUGAUCGAGAAAUAUGCUAUUAUGUUUCAACACUCAGUUAACUUUCAACACUUCUUCUUGUUGAAAUAGGCAGCAGGCAUGAGAGGGUUAAAAAUUCUAGUUUUCAAAGAUUUGCAUACAUGAUUUCUUGACUUUCAACUUGAUGUCAUAUAAGAUGAUAGCCUCAUCAUUUACCACCCAUUUUAGACUAACGUUGCAGAGAAGCACCGAAUUAAAUUACUGUGAAGUUUUAAUUAAGUACACAAAAAGUUCGAUUUUUGCAAGGGGAGUGACUACAUGGAAAGAUUAACUGUUUCAAGCAUUGGUUGUAAUACCCGAUUUCAGGCUGGGUUCCAAAGUCUUGCUGAACCAAGAAGUAUUAGGAGCAACUCUUGACGACCACUAUAGAUUUUGGUUUCAGAAAGAUGAACUUAAAUAUCAGUUGUCCAUUGACAAAACUCUGGAGUUCUUACGAAUAACUAACAACCGAAAUAUUUCUAUGACCUAGAUGUGUAGUCACUACUAAUUAUUUCAAACAUCAUUCUUUAUUCAAAUCUUAGAAAUAUGUUGGUUUGGCGCAACUCUGUCACGCCGGUCUGAAACUGUUCAUCUGUCAGUGACAUCAAUUAUUAUCUGGUAACCUUACUGACCCAACUCACAUAUUGUCAAAAGCCAGGGUGUAAGUGGGGGGAGGGGGAGGGGGGACAAAGAAGUUAACUCAAAGGUCAUGCAUGGCCUUGGGCCCCUGAAGGCCAAAUAUUGCACUAUUUUUACCUUGUGUCUUGUUCAAUUCACGUGUCUGAUUAGCUUAACGGGUCACUUCCUUCAUUGUAGUGGACUACAGUUUUUGUUGUCAAGCAUUUCCAGUUUUUUUAUCCAACAAUCUUUAACUUUUAUCUGUUGUGGGAAUUCUUACUUUUCAACCACUUUUCUUGUAAAUACAUAUUUUCUCAAAGUUGCAUCCAGAAAACGCCACCUUUGAAAUUAACUUUUUUUCCCCUCAAAUUUAAUGGAAUAUUGUUAUGGGUUGUGAAUGCACUGGUUUCAUUUUUUGUUUUCACUACAAUACAGUGGAAGUUUUCAAUUUAGAUUCCCCUACUUUACAAUUUCUUCUUUACUUUGAAAAUGUUGUACAGUGACACUUGAAACUUUGUUCACCUUAUAUCUGCAGGGUGUGAUGUCUGACUAUACUCUGGAACUUUUUAAUUAGUUAAAUUUUUUUGUGUAAUAAAGUGCAAGUACAGAUUAAAAAAAAGGAAGAAAAAUUAAGUUG